GAAGGCGGGGCCGCCGACCCACGUGGGGCCGCACGGACGAGGACAUGGCGACCUUCGCCACCCCGAAGGAGGCCUUCGCCCACCUGCGCCCGGCCUGCGUGGGGCUGACCCGGGCCCCGACGGCGGAGAGCGUGGGCCGGCUGGAGGAGCGGCUGAGGGCGGUCGACGACGCGGCCCUGCAGCAGCUGCAGGAGUACGUCCUGUUCCCCCUGCGCUUCGCCCUCAAGACCCCCGGGCCCAAGCGGGAGGGCCUGGUCCUGCGCACGGUGGCCUGCCUGACGUCCGUGCUGUCGGCCACCUGCGUCCGGCGGCCGGCCCUCCUGCCGGAGCUGCUGUCGGAGCUGUGCCUCUGCCUGGCCCCGGGGGACCCCCGCCGCCCGGCCCCCGCCGCCUCCGAGGAGCUGCAGCUGGCCGUGAUGGCCGCGCUGAGGGCCCUGGUCCACGCGGCCUACGGCGACGUCGUCGUCGCCCUGGUCCGCCCGCCCGCCCGGCCCCACCUGGGCUUCGCCGUGUCGCUGCUCCUGGGCCUGGCCGAGCGGGCGGAGGGCUCCGGGGCGGUGCGGGCGGCCGCGCUGGACGCCCUGCUGACCCUGCUGCUCCUCUGCGACUGCCCCGGCCACCCCUGGGGCCCGGCGGAGCGGGCGGAGGCCGCCGAGGCCGCGGCCGCCUUCCUCCCGGGCGUGGCCAGCGCCCUGGCCCGCAUCGUCGGCGGCGACCCCCGGCAGGGUCACCGGGUGGUGGUCCGCGCCCUGCGGGCCUUCUCCCGGAUGGCGGGGGCCGCGAUGGACGACGGGCGGGCGGAGGGGCCGCCCCCGGGGGCCGCGGAGCGGCUGGCCGUCCUGGCAGAGAGGAUCGCCGACGCCGCCGUCCCCCACCCGCACUGGCGGGUCCGGGCCGAGCUGGCGGACCUGGCCGGGCACCUGCUGGGCGGCUGCCGCCGGUCCCUGGCGGCGGCGGCCGGGCCCCUCCUCGGGGCGCUGGCCGCCCUGGCCGGCGACGAGAACCCGGCGGUGCGGGCGCGGGGCCUGGCGGCCCUGCCGGCGGAGGCGGCCCCGACGGACGGCCUGCGGACGGGGCUGCACGGCCUGGCGGCCGCCCUGCCCCGCCUGCUGGGCUCGGGCGACGACCGCCGCACGCGGGCCGCCCUCCUCCGCCUGCUGGGCUACCUCCGCCUGCUGGGCCCCGGCCUGCCCGCCUUCCUCCGCUGCGGCCCCCACCUGCGGCGCCUGGCGUCCACCCUGCUGCAGGCCCUGGAGCCGGACCCGGCCGUCCCCCCCGGCGGGCUGGAGGAGCGGGGCGGCGGCGCCUGGGGGUCGCCCGCCCGCGGCUUCCGCCUCCUGGACCCCGCCGGGGCCGCCCCGCUGCUGCUCGAGGCCUGUCGCCUGCUGGGCCGCCGCGGGGACCUCUACCUCCUGGCCGACCACUUCACCGACCUCUACGUGCGGACGCCCGCCCUGCGGACCCAGGCGGCCGCCGUCCUGAACCAGCUGGUGGCCGGGGCCGCCGGGCUGGGCCUGGACCCCGCGGACCGGGCGGCCGGGGGCGCCUCCCCCGUGGAGCUGAGGGACGUGGCCGCCUCCGUCCUGGAGGAGUACACCGGCCGGGCCAACUGGUGGCUGGACACGGCCGACGGCGGGGCCCGCGCCGUGGCGGCGAACGUCCGGCAGCUGUGCGUCCAGCUGGAGGGCGUCGGGGUCCUGGCGGAGGCCCUGGGCGCCGGCUUCCGCCCGCUCCUGCCCCGGGCGCUCUACCCGCUGCUGGAGAAGGCCGGGGACCGGGCCGGGCCGGUGCGCCGGGCGGCCGGGGGGGCCCUGGAGGCGGUGGGCCGGGCCUGCGGCUACGCCUCGGCCCGCGACCUGGUGGGCCGCAACGCGGACUACCUGGCGGACGGGGUGGCCCUGGGGCUGAGGCGGGGGGUGGGCGGCGCGGGGGUCCUGGGGGCCGUCCUGGACGCCGCGGGGCCCGCCGUGCUGCCGCUGCUGGACGAGGUGACCGCCGCCGCCCUGCGCGGCCUGGAUCGCGCCCCGCCCGGGCUCGACCGCGCCGCCCUGGACGCCCUGGACGCCCUGGACGCCACGCUCCGCGCGCUGGCCCAGUGGUUUCCGGAGGAGGAGGAGGCCCAGCCCGCGGCGGGGUCCGGACCCCCCGGCCCGGAGACCCCCACGGCGGAAGAAAUCGAACGGUUCGUGCUGGACUACUUGCGAGAGAAAGACGUGGCCGAAGGAAACGUCCCAGACUCCCCCCGUGAAGAAGAGGAGGCCGUGCUACCAACUGAGGGGGAGACGAGAGACAACCUUCAAGACGAGGAGACCCCCCUUCCUCUGCAGAUCCGGAUAGCCAAGGACGUGAUGGAGAGAUGCGUCCACCUGCUGUCCGACCCGGAUCUUCCCGUCCGCUUGAAGGUCCUGGGCGUGCUGAGGAACUGCGUCGUCGUCCUCCGCUCCCACGACCGCCUUCUCCUUCCGCUGGUGCAUCGCGCCUGGCCCCCCCUGCUACGGCGGCUGAACGACGACGACCCCCUGGCCGUGCUCGGGGCCUUCCAGGUGCUGCGAACCUUGGGCGAGCACAGCGGGGACUUUCUGCGGCGCCGCUUCUCCCAAGACGUCCUGCCCCAGCUGACCGCCUCCCUGGCCACCCAAGCCCCGGUCAGCGCCAGAGGAGGCCCCGUCUACCCUCGCACCCAGGCCUUCAAAAUCCAGCUGGCCACGCUCCUCAGCCUGGGGCCCCUGUGCGAGAAGCUGGACCUCGACGAGAGAGACCUAAAUAAAGUGGCGGCCGCCUGCUUGACGUAUCUCAGUGCAAAGCAGCCCGCGAAACUGCAAGAAGCCGCCAAAAGCGUCUUCCGCCACCUGAGGAGAGCAGACCCGGACGCCGCGUGGCUGGUCCUCAACGACGUCCACUGCCCCGCCGGGUACCCGCCUCCCCACCCCAGCCUCCGCCCGGUCCUCCUCCGCGGCCAGGGCCUCCCGCGGGACGUCUACACAGCCAACGUGGCCCAGCUGCUGGGGGAGAUGCUGUGAUGGCCCCUUCCCUCUCCUCCACCCGGGGCGGCCCGGUGGACAGUGCCGGGGGAGCCGCGGUGACGCCCACCCACCCCCCGAGGCUUCCUCUCGCCCCGAGGGGCGGCGUCUCUCCCACUAAGAGCGGCCCCCCCCAGCUCGGAAACACGCGUUUAAUUCCCCACUGGUCACUGGAAAUCUGCCCGUGAGGCGUAUUUACUAGACGCCGGUUCGGGGGGGGCGAGAGCAGAGCUCGUGAUAAUCAUCCUAAUAAUAUUAACGAUGAUAAGAAUCCGACUGCUCGGAAACACGCGUUUAAUUUCCCACGGGUCACUGCCCGUGAGGCAUAUUUACUGGACGCCAGUUGGGGGGCAAGCGCACAGCCGUGAUAAUCGUCCUAAUAAUGUUAACGACGAUAAGAAUCCGGCUGCUCGGAAAUACACGUUCAGUUUCCCACGGGU